UUCUCCUUCUGACUUUGAGAGCGUUGCUCUUGAAGGGUAUCUGAACGGCGAGCUGAUGAACGAAGACAUACGUAUCCAUAGCUGGCCUUGUUCUUACUACCUAGACUCCAGCAAACAAUGGGUCUCUGGCAGACUCUCACUGACUCCUGUUGCGAUCAGAUUUACAGCUGACAAGACUGGGGAGCUUUUGGUCAACUUCCAUCUUUCUAGUAUCAGUGAGAUCAAGAAGGAAUCUUCAAAUUUAAUCUUCAGCUCCCUUACCAUCUUAGAGAAGAAGACCAAGCACUGGUUUAGUUCUCUGCAGCCCAAUAGAAAUGUGGUAUUCAACAUCCUUGAGCACUUCUGGAGGGAGCAGUUGCUGUCAAGCCAAGAUGCAGGAGCGGAAGCAGCAGCUUUGCAAACAACAAAGGGAAAAGAACUGACCGGGUUAUUGACUGGCUCACAGAAACGACUGGAGGACACAGCAAAAGUGCUGCAUUACCAGGGUGAGCAGUUUGAUAACAUCAUGAGAGGACUCAACAAGAUCGAAGGGGAUAUGGAUGUAGCAGACAGGUUGUUGACUGAGCUCGAAUCUCCUUCUUGGUGGCCGUUUAGCAGCAAGCUUUGGAAAGCACCGUCGGAAACCAAGCCAAAGGAAACUGCCACAGUUUCCGAUUCGAAGAACCAGGAAGGAAUCGUAAUUAGAAUUCCAGUUAUUAUCACCCACAGAACAGACUCAAAUGUCAAGCCAGGAAAACUCACGCUCUUUGCUUCUGGCCUGGAAAUCAGUGACUGCAAUUCUCAGGUCAUUCACCGUUUUGAAUCAAAGGAGGUAGAUGAUAUCAGAGUUCAUACGCCAUAUGAAAUCAGUGUCCGUCAGAGAUUUAUCGGGAAGCCAGAUACCUCUUACCGGCUUUUGUCAGCAAAGAUGCCAGAAGUAAUCCCCAUCUUGGAGAUGCAAUUUAGCAAGAAGAUACAGUUUUUAGAAGAUGCCCUAGGUUUUGCUGGUGCCAGGAAAUCUCCUCAGGUAGAUUUGGGGACCUCCAUUUGGCAAGCAGCCACAGGACUCCUGGGAGGAGUGGUGCAGCCCAGCUCUCCGGUAGGAGGCAGAGAAGGGAUGGACAGUGACCACGUCCAGCUGCAAAAGCAAGAGAAGAUCUCUCAGGAAGAAGCAAAAGAGCUUAAACAGAGCUGAAAGCCCUGAGCAUCUGCAGUUGUGAUUGGGUGCCUGAAUAAAGGACCUCACCAGGACUU